AUGUCACUCUACCUACGCUACGCCACACAAACUUGGUCUUAUCACGAGUCACGCAAAUAUUCUUCUGCUCGCAUCAGCAGCACGCAUCACCGCACCCUCGAAUCAUCACACAUGGGACAUCAAAACAGUCCAGAGGGGUUUGUAGCGGCUGGGUACGCCGACGGGAGUAUACGCAUUUGGGAUGGGGACCAUGUCAAGAUCUUGUUCAAUGGCCAUCGAGGCGCUGUCACGGCGUUGGGGUUUGAUCCGUUGGGUGCGAGGUUGGCAUCGGGAUCUGCAGACACGGAUCUGAUCGUUUGGGACGUGGUGGCAGAGUGCGGGCUCGCCAGGUUCAGAGGACACAAGGAUCAAAUCACGGGACUCUCGUUUUUGACACGGAAUGGGUUGGAUCAUAUCGUAUCCUGUUCCAAGGACUCGUUGAUUAAAUUUUGGGAUAUCGGCACAAAGCAUUGUGUAGAGACCGUUAUUGGACAUCGAGGAGAGGUGUGGGCUUUGGAUGUGGGACAGGAUGAACGCAUGUUGCUCACUGGAGCUGCGGAUGGGGAGGUCCGCGUCUGGACGAUUGAUCCUGACGCCCUCUCACAAAAGCUGGAGCCGGGAGUCGUGGCGGGCGGUUGGGACGAGAGUACAGAACCAGAUGCGGCAAAGCGGGCCGUAACCAGUCGAGGCGUGCUCGAGCGACAGAGCAAGGAACGCGUAGUGACCCUCAAGGUGCACCCCAAUGGGCGGUACAUUGCCGCACAGGGAGCCGAUCGAUUAGUGCAAGUCUAUCGCAUCAGGACACUAGAUGAAAUCAAGAAAAAGCUGGCAAGGUUGAAAAAGCGCAAGGAAAAGAAAAACAAGGGCGAGCAAGAGGAAUCGGAACCUGUCUUGACGGUUGCGGAUGAAAUCCCCUGUAUCGGAAACGUUCGCUGCUCAGCAAAGAUCCGAUCCUUUGAUUUCUCGCUCAAAUCUCAAGACCAACAAGACACGCUCACACUUCUCUGCGCUCUCGCCAACAAUAGUAUUCAAGUUCACGUCCUUGAACCCUCCAACAAGGAGCAACCCACCCGUCUCAUUACGGGGAUCGACAUGCCAGGCCACCGCACCGACGUCCGCUGCUUAGCACUCAGUCCCGACAACCAAAUGCUCGCCAGCGGUUCAUCAGAAUCCAUCAAAAUCUGGAAUGUUCAUUCGGGUCAAUGUGUUAAAACCCUGGAGUCAGGCUAUGCCCUCUGCUGCGAGUUUAUUGGACCCAAUUUGGUGGUUGUGGGUACCAAAUCCGGCCAACUCCACUUGUUUGACCUUGCGCGAGGGUUACUCGAGACGAUCGAAGCCCACGAGGGACCGGUUUGGUCGUUACAGGUCUGGCCAGAUCGCAAGGGCGUCACGACGGGAUCCCAAGACAAGGAGAUCAAAUUUUGGGAAUGUGGCAUGGUAGUUCAAGACGGCGUACGUCGAGCCGCUCUUGUUCAUACUCGGACGUUACGCAUGUCAGACAAUGUCCUCUGCAUCCGAUACUCUCCCGACGGCAAGCUCUUGGCUAUUGCCCUCCUCGACUCUACCGUCAAAGUCCUCUACGCCGAUACCCUCAAAUUCUUUCUCUCCCUCUACGGCCACAAACUCCCAGUCAUGUCCAUGGACAUUUCCUCUGACAAUUUCCUCAUCAUCACGGCAUCCUCUGACAAGACCAUUAAAAUUUGGGGCCUUGAUUUCGGCGACUGUCAUAAAUCCCUUUUUGCCCACCAGGACGCUGUCAUGUCAAUCCGUUUCGUAUGGGGCACCCACUACUUUUUCUCCACCUCCAAAGACAAGACCCUUAAAUACUGGGACGCCGACAAAUUUGAACAAAUUCUCAAACUCGAUGGCCACGCAGGCGAGGUGUGGGCUCUUGCUGUCUCCAAAUACGGUAACCAAGUUUUUACAGGCUCCCAUGACCGCUCUAUACGCAUUUGGGAAAAAACCGACGACCAAUUCACACUCGACGAAGAACGCGAAAAAGAAUUGGAGGAAUUAUACGAUCAAACUCUUUUUGAUGCACCCCAAGAUGCACCCAUUGGAUCCGGUGUUGACCACAAUGACUCCCAAACUGUGAUCGACAAUGACACUAGUCUCCCCACCAAACAAACACCCGUUACCCUUCAAUCCACAGACAGACUCAUCGCAGCCCUCGAUACAUUCGCGGAAUCAACACGCAACAAACCCACAAAGGAAACAAUAAAAUCUGCAGCGUACACUGUUUACACAACCCUAAAAACCAUUCGUCCAACCGACCUCGAUACCAUCCUCAUUGUAUUGAGUUUCUCACACGUGUUGGUUUUCUUAAAGGUUUUGGAUACGUGGAUCGAAAACUCUUGGAACCUCCACCAAACAACCCGAAUCCUAACAACCCUCCUAAAAACCCACCACCACCAACUAACAUCCACAACCCCUCUAACACCCCUCCUCCUAAAAACCCGAAAAACACUCAAAACCUCUCUGCAAAGCCAGAAAAAUGUCAUUGGGUUUAAUGUUGCCGGAUUAAAGGUUUUGAGAGGGGUUCUUGGGAGUGAGAUCAGUGGGUUUGGAAUUGAGGAGGUGGAGAGUUUGGAUGUCGGAAAAGAAAAGGAAAAGGAAAGGGAGGGUAAGAGAGGGAAACGUAAACGGGUUGUAGUGGUCAGUUGA